UUUAAAAAUAUGAAAUGUUUUUGUUUCCGAAUCGCCGUAUCAGAUAUCUAUUUACGGUAGUUUGUAAUUUCUCCCAAGUUCUUAUUUGAUAAAUGAAUUACAAUUAAUUUAUUAAAAAACUUUGAUUUAAACAAAACAUUUGGGCAAAAAAAGCAGCUCGUAACUUUUAAAACUUGGAAUGCUGUGAAUAUUUUUUAAAACAAAUAGCCAAACCACCAAGUCUUUCAACAAAACAAUAUGUAUGGACCACCAGAAACGGACUCGGAAGAUGACUACGAUGGAUUCACAUUUGGAGACACCAUCAUAGAAGACCACCGAAAUCGCAAUCGCAAUCGGUACGUCUUUGAACAAAAAUCAGACCAUGACAUUGAACAGGCAAUCGAGGAAGGCGAACUUAACAAAUUUAUAGACUUGGUCGAAGAACGAAAUAUAAAUGUCAACGAUCUCCUACGAAAUGGUUCAAGUAUCAUGGCUAUAGCUUGUAGGACAGGCCAGUUUGAAAUAGUUAGAUACCUUAUUGAGCAGAAAGUCAACGUUAAUAAACAAGUUGAUUCCGUAACACCUUUAAUGGAAACAUGCGCUUGCAAAAAACGAAGCCCAGAAGUCACAAAAAUUGCGAAGAUUUUGCUAGAUGCCGGUGCUGUUGUCAAUGUGUCGGACAAAUAUGGGACGACUCCAUUUAUGUUAGCAUGCCAAAACGGUCAUUUAGAAGUGGUUCAACUUUUAAUUGAGGAUGUUUCAUUUGAUGCAUGCGACAACCAAGGUUGCACUCCGAUUUUCCAUGCAAUAGAACACAAUCAUUCCGAUAUAGUGAAGUUUCUAGUCGAAUGUGGAGCAAAUGUUACGGUUGCCAAUAAAAAGGGCUAUACACCGCGACAAGUGGCACAAUUUCAUGGCUUUUAUGAUAUUUUAGGAUUACUACCCAAAGAAAGGGAUCUUCCCUAUCAAGUUCCAACGACUUUUCUGUCAUACAACAGUAUCUGUGAUAUGAUUCCGAGGAUUUUUCUUAAAACUGAGUGUCCGGAGUAUUUUCAGGAUAUAAAUCUUAUAUUGAUGAACAUGGGCAUGGAAAACGUAUUGGAGUAUUUUGCUAAGGAAAAAAUAUCUUUGGCCGAAUUUUUAACCAUGGAUGAUAAGAAAUUAGAGAAAAUCGGAAUCGAAUUUCCAAUUCAUCGGCUGAAAUUACUCAAGGGCUUACUUAAUUUCCAUUUAAAUCAAUGGACAAAACGAUCGAUCGCUCGAGUGCAAAAAGGUCAUCCAGAUAAUCCUUUGCAUUUCAGUUUCUAUGAAAUACUCAUUCUCUCCGCAAAUCAUCUACAAAAUCUUGUCAUAAUAAAUUCUUCCUUGAAAUACGUUAAAAACAACUUGGAAUGUGGCAAUUUCGGACCGAUAAACUCCGAACUUGUUAAAAACUUACGAUCGAAUCUUCAAAAGUACAAAUCAACUAUGAAGGAAAUUAACCAGACAACAAAAUACCUCCAAUCAUUCAGUCCAGCUCAUCCACCGUUAUAUAUCGACUAUGACGAAUAUUUGGCCGAAAAGAAGAAAAACAAUAUAAGAAAGUUUUUUAAAUACACAGCUUUUGUUGCAGUUUCAGUGGCCAUCUGUUUAAAACUUCAAAAAUGCAUAUGAUUUUGAAAUUAAAAAAUUGCAGUCAUUCCCCGAAAUGAAUAAAUAAAUUAAAACAGUUUUGUUGUUACGA